UAGACCCACGCGUGCACGUAACCGCGCCGCACCCAAAAAGCGCGAAACAUCUCCACCGCCCCCCCCCCCCCCCCCCCCCCCCCCCCCCGCUCUCUCUCUCUCUCUAGCCUCAUCUUCACUCUCUCUAUCUCUCUACCCGAAUCCUGAAUCCUCCUUUACCUUCCCUUGCCUCUUGCCUUCUUCUAGAGAGAGAAGAGAUAGAGGUGUUUGCGAUCCUCUCCGACCGAUCAAUCCAACCACGCAUCAAUCACCACCGUCGAUCCAUCUGAAUUCUCUCUUCAAUUUCACUUCCCGUCGUCUCUUUAAGGGUUUUAACUCACGGCGUCAGGAAACAUAACGUAUUUCGACCGAUGUUGGACAAUAUGGAAUAACGGUAUCCGAGGUGCAAAAUCCCGUUACCCAACGGAAAAUACGAUACAUAACAUCCUCUAUUGAAAACCCUGUACUUUGAUUGCUUAAAUUAUUUAUAUUUGGUUGAUUAAUUAUUGGUUAUAAGGAAUAUGAAGCAAGAGAUGAAAUUAGUUAAAGAGAGUGGCGCUGAGUCCUCAGAUCUUCCAAAACUCUGUGAAAAUAACUGUGGUUUUUUCGGAAAUGCUGCCACGAACAAUCUCUGCUCGAAAUGCUACAAAGACUAUGUAAUGAAGCAGUCGAAGGGGGCUGUGGUUGAAAAAAAUGAAGUGGGUGUUGAUGAUAAAGUUAUGGAUGAGCAAAUGGGAAUGGUUGGAGGAGUUGAAGAAGAGAAAAUUGUGAAAAUGGAGGAAGGAACGAGCUCGGAAAACAUCGGGAGUAGGCCGGCGAAUAGGUGCAACUUUUGUAGGAAGAAGGUUGGGCUAACUGGGUUUAAGUGCCGGUGCGGGCAUACAUUUUGCUCGAUUCAUCGAUACUCUGAUAAGCACAAAUGUGCGUUUGAUUACAAGGGUGCAGGACAGGAUGCCAUUGCUAAGGCCAACCCGGUUGUGAAGGCGGACAAGAUAGAGAAGAUAUGAUGGUGUGGUGAUGGGGUGGCGUUAUGGAGCUCAUUGGCAUUCAUUCAUCGGAACUUUAUAAAAGUAUGGCAAAUUAUACUUUGAUGCAUUAGGAAAUAAAUAUUUAUGUUGGUGAUUGUGUGUUUCCUUUUCGUUUUGUACAGUUUGGUUUUAAUGCAUUUGGCAUAUUGUUAUCCAUGUGAAAUAUUUGGUUUAUCUCAUUCAGUGUUUUUCUUA